AUGGGACAGUUGAAUACUCUGAACGAGCUGAGAGACAUGACCUUCAGCUUGAUGCAGUCACCAUGCAUCAGGGCAGGUCAACAAUAUUCGGUUCACGAUCUAUGGAUGCACUCAGAGAAUGGGACCGCUGUCCAAAACUUCACUGUGCAUGCUGUGCCUGCACAUGGUGUUGUCGCGCUGCUGUGA